AUGUGUUAUAAGUUUUUAAUCAAGAAGAUCAGAUCUCAACGCAGUAUGGAAUCUAUUAAAUCAGAAGGUAGGAUGGACGCAGAUGAUAAGCCAAGGCGCAAAACCAAAUCAUCAGAUAAGGAUAAGAGCAAGUCCAAAGACAAGUCUUCAUCUAAAGACAAAGAUAAAUCCAAAUCUAAGGAAAAGCCCUCAAAAGAUGAUGGAAUAUUAAAAUCUAAGGAAAAAUCUUUGAAAGAUAAGGAAAGUUCUAAAUCUAAGGAAAAGCAAACAUCUAAAGAUGAGGGAAUAUUAAAAACUAAGGAAAAGUCCUCAAAAGAUGAUGGAAUAUUAAAAUCUAAGGAAAAAUCUUUGAAAGAUAAGGAAAGUUCUAAAUCUAAGGAAAAGCAAACAUCUAAAGAUGAGGGAAUAUUAAAAACUAAGGAAAAGUCCUCAAAAGAUGAUGGAAUAUUAAAAUCUAAGGAAAAAUCUUUGAAAGAUAAGGAAAGUUCUAAAUCUAAGGAAAAGCAAACAUCUAAAGAUGAGGGAAUAUUAAAAACUAAGGAAAAGUCCUCAAAAGAUGAUGGAAUAUUAAAAUCUAAGGAAAAAUCUUUGAAAGAUAAGGAAAGUUCUAAAUCUAAGGAAAAGCAAACAUCUAAAGAUGAGGGAAUAUUAAAAACUGAGGAAAAGUCCUCAAAAGAUGAGGAAAAGAAAAAAACUAAAUUAAGGCGAAAGUCAUCGUUAAAGGACAGAACAGUAGAAAAUAAAUCGGAAAAGGUAGAUUUAGAGUUACCAAAGGUGAAGAAACCUGUGGUGAAGGUUAAUAAUUUCGAUGAUGUCCCAAUUUCAGGUUUAAAAGGAGCCGCAAAGAAAAGUUGGUGGGAGAUGGACGGAAGUGUACCUGAUGAGUAUACUAAUGUACCUCAUGUCAAUGAUCCAAUUGAGGCAAAACCUAUAAACAAGGUAGAUAAACCGAGUGUUAGGAUCGGGGGCAGUGUCGAAAUUCAUAGUAAAACUCAAAAUCUUGGAAAUGUAGUUAAGUUUGGAACAUAUAUACGACAAGAUAAGCCCAGCCAUAUUGAUGAAGAAAAAGAUGAAGAAACCCUAAAAAGAGGGCGCACUCUGAAAGGAUUAAUCUCAAGAAACCAAGAUUUAAAUGAUACUGCCAUAAGUAACACGUCGUACAGAACGGCAAAUUCAAACAUGAGUUCCUUUUCAGGUGAACUGAAUCAUGAACCAAUUGCCAAAGCUCCGCCCUUCCAAUUUGGAGUUUCAUCACGCAAAAGCGAGCCACAAAACAAUUCAGGCUUUGGUUCCGGCUUUAAGGACUAUUUGUCUCCUUCAGAGAGUAAAGUUGAAGAGCACAAAAAGCAAGAACAGCAAGAAGAUGAUACGGCUGAACCCAAUGAAGAACCACAGAGAAAUAAUAUUUCUCCAAUGCCAACUGGUAAUACAAGACCAACUGAACCUAAAUUUGAUGAAAGGCCUGAAGAUGAUAACGAUGAAGUAAAUGAAGCACCACAGACAACUGAUAAUUCUCCAAGGCCCAGUUUAGAUACUCCAAUUAAACCUAAAUUUGAUGAAAGACCUGAAGAUGAUAAUGAAUCUCAGCCAAUUUCACGACCCUCAAGACCAACAGUUGUCCCACCACGGGAACCUGCGAGAUCAGGCCCUGCUUCGGCAGCCAGAUCCAAAUUUGCAAUUCCAGUUCCGGUUAAAAGAGGGGGUGGUCCAAUGCAUGCGAGAGCUGCGCCUGUACCAAAAACACCCGAAGAUUUGAUUAAAGACUUGAUGCAAAAGAUAUCGAAGUUAGAGGAGAAAAAAUACAAUGAACACACGAAGUUACAGAAGGAGUUUGUCCAAGCGAUUUUAAAAAACCCGGACGUUUUGGCGAGUUUAGAAGAUGAUUUGGUUAUAAAAACAGCUAUAAUAAUCUCUGAAGUCGCGGGAACAAACAGAACUAAUCUUUCCAGGAGUUCUUUGAUUUGCCUUGGUAUUAUGUUCGAACAAGCGCCUCUAACUUUGGCCCCUUUAAUUACUGAUACUAUAACUUUGUGCUGUAAAAAGGGUGUAUCAAGUUCGCCUGAACUUCUCAUUGUUGCCUCUAACUUUUGCCUGGCUAAAAUUUGUUUAUAUUCCAACGAAUGCAAAGUUAUUCAACAACUUGUUUCAUCUUAUCGAAGUAAUAAAACAUAUCAAAUAAUGACAUUGAAUGCUUUGGUGGUUAUGAUGGACAGAUUGGGUCCGGAUGUGUUAAAGCUUAAAUAUAUAGUCGGAAUCGUUGAUGUUGCAGUAAAGGGAAUUGCAAGUGGUGGAGUUCCUGCUAGGACUGCUGGAAGAAAUAUUCUUGGAAUGCUUAAGGAAUAUUCUAAACUGGACCAAUACCUACACGCGUGUAAGGCUACCGAAAUUGAUAUAAAAAUAGUAAAAGCGUCAGUUCUUAAAUACGACGAAAAUGACAAAAAUGAAUUCGUAGAUAAAUAUUGCAAAGAUUUAGAACUUUAA